AUGAACUAUCUGACAUUCGUCCUAAUUAAUGGGCCUCUUCUCGUUCUCAACAUCACAACCAAUGCUUUUUACACCUUUUGCAUGGUCUGUCCACAUCAGGGUGAAAAGAUCAAGCAGCCGCUGAAGCUUCUCCUGGGAACCAUGAUAUGCAGCUCGACUUCUUACGUGGUGUCAAUUUUGGGCGUCUUCCUUUUUGAGCUGCGAGAAGAAUUCAACAACGUCCGUCCAAUCCCACUUUUGAUGUCGAUCUUCAUUCUGUCCACCAGUAUGAACUCGUCUGUUUGGCUGAACUUCUUCUACUACGUCCAGAUUGUACCUGCACAGAGAGCGUUCUUCCACUGGAUUAAGAAGAAUAUCAAACCCUUCAUCUACUGCAUGUGGCUUAUGGAAAAGAUUUACAGUUUGCUUGAUUUCACUGUUGUGGUUCUACAGAUUUAUCAUUUUAAACACUUUGGAUUUAAUGAGACUCUGACAUGGAAUGAUGGCAUAGCCAUGCCGGACGGAACUGUCUUGAUGUGGGGGGACUUCAUGUUUCUCGUCUUGAUUUUCUUAGUCAAGGUUCACUUCUGUUUCUGCCUCUGCGUUAUGAUGAAGUCAAGUGUUACUACUGCAGUGUACCUGUGCAGACACAUGCAGCGUAUGAUAGCAAACGGAUACCCCUUGUCUUGUCCAUGCUUCAGCCGUCAGGUGAGGGUCACCAUCACCGGCGUCCUUCAGGGGACCCUGUACAUGUUUUGCUCUGCGUGGCUUAUGUACAUUUUUCUUCGCCGGAAAAUCUGCCCAUUUGUGCAUUUUAGUGUCAUCAGCUGGUACAUGUCAGGCACCAUGCUCUGCCUGGGAGCUGGUCAGACUGUGUUCAGGCAGAGAGCAGCAGACAUCUGGACCAGAGCAGCUCAGUGGUACAAAGCUCCUCAAGCAGAGCAACGAGCCUGA